UCAUUGAACACGAUUUUAAGUUAAACAUGGUGACCUCAAUUCUCCAGAUCGUGAGCGAUGACCCCAGACUUUCCUGAGAUCUCUGGUUCACUUGUUGAAAAGGGAGGAAGUGAAUGUGAUUCCGGUGACGAACCAAUCUCUUCCAGGUUGACCUUCUCUAUCAUAGACCUAGAGGAGGAUAGUUUUAACGAGGCAGAGGAGACAAAACCCAGAAUGCCGAUUCACGUUACCAAUCCUAUGAUUGUUGUCUCCAAUCGUCUUCCAUUUGUUCUGACUCGGAAUGCUGAUGGAAUGUUGGAACGGAAAUCCAGUGCUGGAGGACUGGUUACAGCAGUGGCUCCUGUAGUUAUAGAAUGUGCUGGUCUCUGGGUAGGAUGGACAGGGUUAACAGAUUUUAAAACUGAAGAUUCUAUUCCAGAAUCUAAACCUGAUGAUCAGAGUCCAACAGCAGGAUUGAAAUCAACUCAAGCUAAACCGGUUCUAAUUCAUAACAGCGAGACCUUUGACCUUUUCUACAAUGGCUGCUGCAAUGCAACGUUUUGGCCUCUAUUCCAUUCUAUGCCAGACAGAACAAUAUUUGAUAUCAACACAUGGCAGGAGGGAUUCAGUAUUAGAAUGGGAUUUUUCCUCCACAUUCCGUUCCCAUCUUGGGAUAUAAUUCGGAUAUUUCCCUGGUGUGAUGAAAUUCUUCAGGGAAUGCUUGGCUGUGAUUUGAUAGGAUUCCAUAUUGAGGAUUAUUGUCUCAACUUCCUUGAUUGCUGUCAAAGAUGCCUGGGGUGUAGAGUAGAUAGAACUAAGAUGCUAGUUGAACACUGUGGAAGAACAGUUCAAGUAAAAGCUCUUCCAAUUGGUAUCCCAUAUAGCAGAUUUGUAAAUCUUGCAAGUGUUGCUCCUCGUAUAUUUCCCUCUACAGAGGUUAAAGUUAUUCUGGGAGUAGACAGAUUAGAUUAUACUAAAGGUCUAGUUGCAAGAUUGAAAGCUUUUCAAAGGUUACUGAUAAAAUAUCCAAAAUGGAUGGAGAAGGUCAUUCUCUUACAGGUAGCUGUACCGUCCCGGACGGAUGUAAAGGAGUACCAGGAGUUGAAGGAGGACCUAGAUAAACUUGUUGGAAGUAUCAAUGGUUCAUUUUCUACUCCGGCCUGGUCUCCCAUCAGAUAUAUUUACGGUUGUGUGAGACAGGAUAAACUAGCAGCAUAUUACAGAGAUGCUACAGUAGGACUAAUUACUCCGCUCAGGGAUGGAAUGAAUCUAGUCGCUAAGGAGUUUGUUGCCUGCCAGGAUGAUACAAAUCCAGGAGUUCUUAUUCUCAGCCCAUUCGCAGGAGCAGGAGGGAUCAUGCAGGAGGCUUUACAGGUAAAUCCCUAUGAGAUGGAGAAUGUAGCGGAUACACUAAACCGAGCCCUGGAGAUGCCAUUAGAUGAACGCCAGCUAAGAAUGUUUCAGUUGAAGAAGAGAGAGAAGAGGAUGGAUGUAGAUGCAUGGGUUCAAUCCUUUCUUCAUACAAUGGGAGCAAUUUUUGACGAUAAGGAUGAGAGUCCUCUAAUGGAGCAGUAUAUUGACAAAAUGGAGGUCAAAGAUUUCGAUUCAAGCUUAGGUCCCCUAGUAGAUAACUGUUCUAAACUAGGAGUAAUUCUAGACUUUGAUGGAACUCUAUCCUUCCUUGCCAGAACCCCGCAGCUAGCAAUUAUACCUCCAGAGACUAAGAGAGCUCUUGAACGAUUAUCCAACAUUUCUGACUGCCAUAUAGCGGUCAUCUCGGGCAGAAACCUGGAGGAUCUACAGAAUAAGGUUGGAGUAGAUGGGAUCACCUAUGCUGGAAACCAUGGUUUAGAGAUUCUUCAUCCUGAUGGUACUCGGUUCAAUCAUCCUAUGCCUCCAGGGUAUAAAGAGAGGUUAGAGAAGCUGGAGGAGGAACUAAAAGAGAAGUGUACUUGUCAUGGAGCAUGGGUGGAACCUAAAGGUUUGCUGGUUGCUUGGCACUACAGAGAGGUUCCAAAAGAUAAAAAAGAAGCAUUAUUCCUCCUAGCAGCUAGCAUAUAUAAAAAGUAUAUAGACUUUAAUGUAUUUUUAUCCAGGUCAAUUUUUGGAGUUGAUUGGACAGAAAGAGUUCAGGUUAUAUAUGCUGGAGACUCCGCAGCUGAUGAAUUUGCAAUGGAAGUUCUUAAAGGAGUUGCAUACACAUACAAGGUUAUAAACGAGGACGCUAGCGCUAUUACAAAGACAUGGGCAAACGCAAGAUUGCAGGGACCUGAUGCCGUGUUGACUAUGCUCAAGUACCUGGAGAGGAAGUUGACCAGCAGGAAGAUCAAGUGUAACCGAACCAUCAGUCUACUCUCUCUCAACAGGGCAGACGAGGUGGUGGAGCUGAAGGUGGAGGGGGAGAAUGGAGAUGGAGAGGAUGGAUACAGGAUUAGAUCAGGUUCUAUCUCCGCUCUAUCAAGAAAAUUCAGGCCGAGGAGCCAAAGCCAGAAGUAUAUGUCAUCAGCGAGCUUCAGACAAAAAUAAUCUGCAACCUUUCAAACUAUAACUAGAAGAUUCUGGGAAUUGGCUGUGAAUACACCCGGUAAAGAAGGAUUAGAUCAAUGAAAAGAUUUACAAGGUUGAGCAGGAAAAUAAUUCAAACUUUGUGGCAAGGAAGAUAAACCAGGAACCUAACCCAAUAUAUUUGGGCAAAAUAAAAUAAAAAAAAACUCAGCACUCAGUUGAACUCUCCCCCCCCC